CACCGAGUCAAUUAUUAAACUCAUUUUAUCAAGCCCCCUCCUAGGUAUCCUAUCUGUGCACUUCUUGAAAGACAUCGUUAGAGUGAGACGCCGUGGACGUCCAGUAAAAUAGCAAUGGACGUAUUUCGCUCGAGUUUGCCACCGUCAGAAAUAGCCACUUGCGUGAAAGAGAACUGGUGUUGGACGCAAGUGAACACGAUUAAGUUCGACUGUUGUACAUGGACGAUAAAUAACCUUAGCUAUUGCUACGGGAAGGGUAGGCUCGAGAAGACCCUCAAGUCAAACACGUUUUCAGCAGGGGACAACAAAGAGUGGAAAUGGUACCUGGAACUGUAUCCUGGAAUGGCCCAAGACUACGUAUCGCUGAGAAUCGUUAUUGAUGAGGGCAAAAAAGACGUUAACGGUAAUUUCACAAUUUAUAUUCUUGAUGCCAAGAAACAAAAAAUACAACAAGCAGUGGUCUAUAAGGACUUUCCCACGUUGAGUGCAACAUAUGAUAUCAAAAAGUUCUUAAAGAAAGACUAUAUUUCUCAGUACCCGGCACACACACUGCUACCAAAUGACACACUCACGAUAUUGUGCGAGCUCAGCAUAAAUACGGACAUAAUAAACGUCUCCAGCCAAAGCAUCGCAAAAGAAUUUCAAGUACCAGAGUGCCAGGCGCUCGACAAUCUCGGGCUACUGUUAGAGAACGAAAAAUUUUGCGAUGUGACACUCACUGUCUUCUAUACGGAAUUUCGUGCGCAUAAAGCAAUUAUUGCAGCACAAAGUCCUGUCUUUUCGGCAAUGUUCGAACACAUGGAGGAGAGUAAGAAAAAUCACGUAAUCAUCACCGACGUGAGCGCCAAAGUUUUGAGAGAAGUGUUGAGAUUUAUCUACACCGGUAAAGUAGCUAAUCUGAAUGUGAUGGCAAGGGAUCUGUUGGACGCGGCAGACAAGUACGCAUUGAAAAGGCUGAAGUUACUGUGCGAGAAAGCACUUUACAACACUUUAACCCGUGAGAAUGCAGCCGAUAUGCUCAUCUUAGCCGAUCUCUAUUGCUCCGAUCAGCUGAAAUCAAAGGUGCUAGACUUCAUGAAUAUAUGCGUGGAUGUGGUGCACACCGCAGGUUUCAAGUUUAUGAUAAAUUACUAUCCGCACCUGGUACCAGAAAGUUUACAGACUAUACAUAACAAGAGAUUCAAAUCGCAGCAUUAAAAGUAUGACAUCUCAAAAUAAUCAUCACUAACCCCAGUAUGCCACUCUAUGGACUAAAAGAAAACUCAACAACGGAAACCUACAUGUGACUCACUCGAUUGUCCAACUUAAACGAGCUCCGCUUAAGAAUAUUCCGAGAUCAAUGAGAGGAGAAAGAAAAUCGUCUUGUGCGUUCGGUUAAUCGAGAGCGAGUUUAAAGCCGCUUCCACACAUACUCGGACUCUUGUGUACAAGUGUCGGUGAGAAACUUAACGCGAUCACAAUUUGCACACUGCUCAUUUUAUAUCGACACAUAGAAGAGAAGAACGAGGUACUCGCGUGUGUACGUAUUUGCGUUCAUACUCGUAUUAUCAACAUCAGCAUGCGAAUUGUAGUGUUUUCAUCGGCUUGAGCGCGAGUUGAUUCAAUAAAAGCAACAGCAGCACCAGCAUUGCACUUGUUUUCUUCAGUAUCAAUGCCGAUGCUAGUCGAUCUUGGUGAUAUUGGAAGGUAUCAGGAGUAUCAUCGCCAUUGUGAAUUAUUUUUUGUUUCUGUUAUCAUCGACUGAGCGGAUUGGAAGUGGUGAUGUUGAAGAUACAGUAUGAAGCAAGAGAGGGUCAAGGAAAGGCGGGGUUUUUUUCUCUAUAACUCUCACCAUUAUGAUUGCCACAGCAACAGCAGCAACAAUAUUAGCAAUACGCGAUUUACGACGGAAAUAGUGAUAACCGUCAAUGAUUAAAAUAGGCACAGUUUUGUUUUCAGAAAUAUUGCAUAUUGUUAGCGAAGUGAUAAGAUGGAAUUAUUAUCAUUAACAAUUACGUUAUUAAAUUUAGGUUUAACUAUAAACAUUUUAUUCCUUUGAAGAAGAGCAUGAGGACGAAAGAUGGAUCAAACAAAUGGCUUAUACGUAUUGCCAUGUGCUCGUCACGACUGUGAGAAUUAAAUAUGUUACUUCUAUCGAUAAUGAUUUUUUUUAGUUCUUGUCUUACUUCCCCAAGAGACAUCAUUCUAGUUGGUUAUUUUUUAUGAUCUCUUAUCCAUCGUACGAUCCAAUGUAAGAUUAUUAUUAUUAUUAUUGUUAUACUACUAUUAUUAUUAACGCUAUGCUAUUUGUGUUUUAUGUAUUUUAGUCUACAUUUAAAGAACUCCUCUUUUCUCCAUUUUCUUUGUAAGGAUAAACUGUAUUCUCCACAUAUUUCGGUUCCCCUAUUAGUAGGCACAGUUUUGUUUUCAGGAAUAUUGCAUAUUGUUAGCGAAGUGAUAAGAUGGAAUUAUUAUCAUUAAUAAUUACGUUAUUAAAUUUAGAC